AGCUUAACUCUCACCAGCUUGACACCCGGCGCCAAAAGCAAGGUCAAGUCGUCGGCCCAGCGCGCCAUCCGCGCAAAGGCCAUUGAGACCUACCCCCGCCUCGAGCCCUAUAUGGAUGAAAUCAUGCCAAAGAAAGAACAGAUCGAUCUCAUCAAGGUCACUGUAUUCACAUUACUAACAACUCACUCGACAGANCCCGAUCGCGUCUCGCUCUACGUUCUUGGUUCCACUCCUCUCUUCUGGCAACACAUGGACGACCCUCUGAUACCCCACCUCUCUCUCGUCCACAAGUACCCUCAAUGCUUUGACAGGAUACGAAUUGAUCGUGGUGCCAUCCGCUUCGUUCUCUCAGGGGCUGCUCUUAUGGUGCCUGGAUUGACAUCGCCUGGCGGUCGCUUGCCCGAUCCCUCAGUCAGCGAGGAUGAUAAGGAGGCCAACGAUGGCUAUGGAGGAAAAGAGCUGCAAGCAGGUGAUAUUGUUGUUGUUGAAGCCGAAGGCAAGGAGAGUGCUUGCCUGGUUGGCGUUCUGAAGAUGAGCACAAAGGACAUGAAGGAGAAGAAGAAGGGUGUAGGUCUUGAAAACGGCCACUACCUUGGUGAUGGCUUAUGGAACCUGUCUCUUUAG